GUAGUCUGAUACGGGCUUAAUGCUAAUUAGAUUAAAUUGUUAUAUGCUUAUAUAAAUUGCAACAACAAAAAUUUUCUUAUAAACAUCGAGUCCAAUAGAAUUUUAUGCAUUUUGUAAUUAUAGAAUUUAAUAUAUGAAUUAUUUAUACAUACAACAACGAUGGAGAAAGAAAGGUUUACAAUGCUUCUUUUGGAACCAGGGGAAAUAUUUUUUGAAGAUUAUAGUGUUCAGAUGAGAAGACUAGAUGCUAGAUUUUCUGAAAAUAAAAACUGGAUGGAAGGGAGAUUGAAGCUAUGCUCUAAAUCUUUGGUAUUUGUAAAUAAAGAUAUUAACCAACCAUUAAUCAAGAUUCAACUCAAAGAGACUACAUUUGUGGAGCAAUGUACAUCGAGCAAUAAUAUAGCAGGGUAGAGCAAGUGCAUAUUGAAUACAGCCAGAAACACAGAAGGCAAAGAAAAAAUACAUAGAUAAUAUGCUGUCAGUGGAAUGUAAACAACAUGUGGAAAUGCUGGAGAAAAAUAUAUUAGCACCAUACAGAUUUAUACAUCAAAAUACUAUGUUUAAUUUCUGUUUCAAUUAUGCAAAAAUAGAAGAUUGUCUUCCACAAAUCUUGCAGUUGCAUAGAGCAGCAAGUUUAGCAACCGCGGAACAAAAUGCUAUGAUUAUGGCUAUUGUACACUCCAGACAAUCACGCGUAUCCUUUGACACAUCGUGGCUGGAAGAUUUGUACGAGCAAGUAGUUUUAGAGACACAAACGAACAAAAUAUCACCACUUGUGGUAAAUCCAGGCAGAGUAUUACUGACUACCUCGAGAAUUUAUUUUCAACCUUACAAUAAUAUGGAUCAGCAUCCUGUCCUUAAGAUUCAACUGAAAGAUAUAAGAAAUAUUAUAAAAAGAAGAUUUCUAUUGCGACAAGUGGGUCUUGAAAUUAAAUGGACGCGACAAGCUGAUAAUAAAUUUGAACAUUUAUUUUUGUCAUUUCAAAAUCAGGAUGGUAGAGAUAAGCUAUAUGAAAAUUUACUUAAACAAUCAAUGGUUUCUCUAGAAACUGUACCCCAAAAUCAAAUGAAAAUGAGAUGGCAAAAUGGAUAUAUAUCGAAUUAUGAUUACAUUUUAUAUGUAAACAGUUUGGCUGAUAGAACAUUUCACGAUUUGACACAAUAUCCAGUAUUUCCAUGGAUUAUACAAGACUAUACUUCUACUGUGUUAGAUUUAAAUGACACUCGAAUUUACAGAGAUCUUUCAAAACCUAUUGGCGCAUUAAAUCCUUCUCGUUUAGAGAGACUAAAAGAACGAUAUUUGGAAAUGUCUGAUCCGAAAUUCUUAUAUGGUUCUCAUUACAGUGCACCAGGUUUUGUAUUAUUUUACUUAGUACGGAAAUAUCCUCAAUAUAUGCUCUGUCUACAAAAUGGAAGAUUUGAUCAUCCAGAUAGAAUGUUUAACAGUAUAGCCGACGUGUGGAAAAAUGUUUUGGUGAACAUGUCUGACUUUAAAGAACUGAUACCGGAGUUUUAUGAUACGAGCAAUGCCGGUGAUUUUUUAGCGAAUAGUUAUGGUAUCGACUUUGGCUAUCGACACGACGGUACAAAGAUAGGUGAUGUACAACUUCCUCCUUGGGCAAAAGGACCAACUGAUUUUGUACAACAAUUAAGAAAUGGCUUAGAAAGCGAUUAUGUUUCUCAAAAUCUUCAUCAUUGGAUUGAUUUAAUUUUCGGAUAUAAACAAAGAGGAAUUGAAGCUGAAAAGGCCGACAAUGUAUUCUUCCAUUUAUGCUAUGAAGGGGCAGUAGAUUUAGACACUAUACGAGAUAUAAAUGACAGACAUGGGCUCGAAGUGCAAAUUAUGGAGUUUGGUCAGAUACCAAAACAAGUUUUUACUUUACCUCAUCCUAAACGUUUAGCAUCAGCUCCAAAUUUAUUAUAUAGCGAAACAUUAUUGACUUUGCCAGAAACAAUGACUUCAGGAAAUCCAUGUAUAAAAGAAAAAUUAAUUAAUUUCGCGGAAUUGGUAGCGUUUCAAGCACACAAAGAUUGUGUUACUAGUAUCAUACGAAAAAAUACAACGAGCAAUGAAAUCAUAUCAGUAGGACAGGAUGGAAUGCUUAAAUUGUAUAAUACAAACGAGAGAAAACUGACGCAUAGCAUUUCCUUGUCUUUAUUGUCAUUAUCAUCUUGUAUCUCGUAUUAUACAUUGUCGCAACGUAAUAUUCUCGUAGCAGGAUCGUGGGACAAUACCUUGAUAUUUUACGAUAUCGAGUUUGGCAGGAUAAUCGAUGUCCUUCAAGGACACGAAGAUGCAGUCUCAUGUUUAGCUUGGAGCCCUAAGCAUCAAGUAAUUAUAUCUGGGUCGUGGGAUUGUACUGUAAAAGUUUGGCAUGAGUAUACUUCUGGAUCAAAAAUUAAACCUGCGGAAUGUUUUAUCGCGCAAUUAGAUCAUGAUUCCAAAGUAACUUGUAUUAAUAUAUCGAGAGAUGAUACUAUGUUGGUAUCUGGUACAGAAGAUGGCGAAUUGUGUUUGUGGAACAUGGAUAGUUACAAUUUACAAGCUACUAUUAAAGGCCACGUAUGCAGGAUAAAUGCGGUAAUGUUCGAUAAACAGUGUAGCAGCGUGAUAUCAUGUGCGGAAGACAAAGUAUUAAGUAUAAUCGACGUUCGAACAAAUACACAGAUAUAUUCCGUCAGUUUAGAGAGCGAACCAUUGACGUUAACUUGGAUGAAAACAUUUCUCUUGAUAGGCGAUAAUGAUGGAAAUCUUAAUAUAUGGAAUCAUCAAGGGGCUGUAUUCGUUUCGCGAAUACAAUGUCACGAUGGGCCGCUUUGCGCCCUAGCUGUGAUUGCAGAUAGUAACUUGAUGAUAACGGGCGGGAAGGACAGGAAAGUUAUCGUAUGGGAAUGCCAUGAGCAAUGACAGUAUUAUACUAAUAUAGAUAAUUAUUACUAAUGUAUAAAGGAAAUUUGAUGUAAAAAGAGGGACUAUAAUAUAAUAUGUUUAUUACUUAUUUGUUAUACAUUAAGAAUUAAGAUAUACAAUAUUUUUUUAUAAACAUAAAGGUGUUCGACCGGCCAAUUUCUAUUAACGAAGCAGCGGAUUUGUUAUUUUUUAACUUUAUAGAAAUUGUUUUAUAAAUCUUUCCGAUAUGGUUCAUCGAAAGCGAGCAAAGGAAAAUAAGAGCGAAUGUGAUUUUCGGCCUCAAAGUUUGAACGCUGCCAGAUGUCUCGUCUGGAUAAUAUAUAUCAGAUAAAAUUUGAGGAAUUUAUUUGCUCCUGAAAUGGAGGGGAUAAUUCUUUUUAUCAUAAUAAAGCAAAUAAAGUAAAAAAAUCUUUCUGUUAAUGAGAAAAUAUCGUACAUAAAAAUAUUGUAUAGUACAUAUAAAGAGAAUAACAUAUAUAUAUAUGUAUAGUACUACUUCUUAGCAUAUAUCACAAACUUCUGAUUUACUGAAGUGUGUAUAAUUUAUAUUCGAAAAAAAUAAUUUUAUAUAAGAAAGGAUUUUUUUUUUUAAAGAACAUACAUUUUAUAUCUUCCGGGAUUCUUUUUUUUCUUUUUGAAUAUAAAAAAAGUAUAGUUGAAUAUAUUAAAUCUUUAAUGUAUAUUUUUUUAGUAAAAGGAUUUUUACACUAACAUUAAAAUUCUAAUGUUAUUUAUAUAAUAUGUUGUAUACAUACAUGCAGCGCGUGUGGGCGUGUGUGUGUGCGUGUGUGUAUGUGCACACGCGCGUGCAUAGUGCUUGAUAUGUGAGAUAUUACAUUUCAAUUUUCUUUCAUGAAAUAAUAUUUUUCAAUGUAUCAGUUUUCCUAUCUUAACAAAAAGAUAAAUAAUUUUGUAAUGCAAUAAACUACUACAUUAUUAUUGUGUUUGAUAUACA